AAAUAAAAGCUCAUUGGAAAUUUGCAAAUCUGCAACAAACUGCAACCCUCUGGAAAGCACACACACAAAAUACAAAAAAAAAAAUAUGACAACCGGUUGGAUAUUAGAAUAAAAGCUAUUCUUGUUGGGUUUUGCAAAUUAUAUUUCGCAUUUUCUUGUAAAAAAAAAAAUAGUUCUAACAAUUUGUUUCUCUCUUAUAUAUUUUUACUAUUUUACAAUGAAUAAUAAACCAAAAGAAAAUUGCAAAUAUUGGGAUAAAUGUUAUCAAAAAAAUGAACAUCAUUUAAUAACUUAUAAUCAUCCUACAGCAACUAAACCAAAAGAAGAAGAACCAACAACUGAAAUAUCUCCUAAUAAAUCACCAAUUCCUCCGGGUAAUAAUGAAAAACAAGAUGAUUCCAUUGAAGAAACUAAACCAGAAACUACUUCCGUCGUUGUUGACGACGACGACGACGAUGAACCAAAAAAACAUGAAAAAACCCCAAAAAAAAGACACUCCUCCGAAGCUUCUGAUAAUACAGUAAAUACCCCUCCCAAGAAAAAUCCCUCUAAACGUCUAUGGGAUCAUUCCGAGGCAAAUAUAAACGAAAAGGAACAAUCUUCCUCGUUCAUUCAUGAGAAAUUUCUCGUCAAAAUGCCAAAAGAUUUCUAUUUAUUUUGGAAAUUUGUCGUCACCCAUCCGACAAAAAAUUCCCUUAAACCAUUCAAUUUUGAAUUGGUUGGUCCUUAUGAUUUCUUGGCGGGAAAAUUCGCCCCAGGCCAGAACAAAAGUCCCGGCGACUAUUUGCGUCAUUGGCGAUUCUUUUAUGAUCCACCCGAAUUCCAAACAAUCUUCGUUAAGAAGGGAAGUGGAAUCCAUUAUGGCUAUUGGCGGGAUGAUCCAAAAGAUGAAGAAAACUUGUUGAUUGUUCGAAAUGAUGCUUCGAAAGGGUGUGUCUUUGAAUUAAUUGCAACAAAUAUGUUUGAUGCUUUUGCAUAUUUCUUGGAAAAAGACUAUCAAGUUACUCCAUUUAAUCACAAAGUUUUGGGAGACAUGCGAAAGACAAUUAGUAACUUUGUGCAAGAAAGCAAAUUCGAUAGAAGGUCUUUGGUUGAGGCCAAGGUCGAGAGAGCUAAGAAAAUUAGCGCUAAAACAUUUCACAAUGUUGGAAUUGUUGUCCCGGUGAAUAAAACAACAGGUGUUGGUUAUCGUCCGUUGACAGACAGCGAUUCGAAUAUUAAGAAGAUUCUCAGUGCUUUGGAAAAGCCUGGAGAAUUGUCCAAAGAAGAAGCUAAAGAAAUGGUUAUGGAGAAAUUGAAUCCAAUUAUUACAAAUUCAGUGAUAGCACUGGAUGAAUGUGAUUUUGGCACAAAUCUUGAGCUGGGAAUUGAUUUGUUUUGUUCAGGACAUAAGGAAUUGCAUGAGAUUGUUCAGAAUCUACUUAAUCCUGCUUAUAAGUUGCUUGGAAGACCACAAUAUAUGGCGAUAUUGAAAGCACAUUUGGCUGAUAGGAGAAAUAGUUAUAAGUUAAGCAUUUUGGAUUGAAUUUUUGUUGUUGCAAAAAAAAAUAUAUAAAGAAAAAUAUUAAAUAAAAUGAAUUUCUUGAUGUAA